AUGGUCGAUCGAGCAACAAAGGUUUUUCGAAUUAUCACCCAGCGACGAGCUCGUUUUUUUAUCUACGUAUGGGCAAAUUUCAAUGUCGGAUUCAUUAGCAGUUUACUCCCAUUAAGCUUUUCCUAUCUAACAUGUGUCUCAAAUAUCCCAUCAGUGCACAUGUUUUGGAUAUUUUUCAUCUUCAACGCAACACUUUUCAUCGGGACAAUGGGAAACGCGUACUUCAAUAAACAUGAAAACGAGCUUCGCACGAUGUUCAUCAGCUCUCUUUUAGCGAUUAUUUCUUUUGCUUCCGUCACUUUUGUCACAGAUUUGUUGCUGUUUGCAUCAAUCUUCGCACUACUUGGACUUUCUUUGGGCGUUCAACUGUCAGAUAUCAAUAUCUCAUUUCUGAAGAUUUUCCCACAGACUCAUUUCUCACUGAUUCACGUUCUUCAUCUAUUUCACGCACUUGGUGUCUUCCUAGCUUCAAUCGUUUACAAACUCAAGCCAAAUCCCGAGGAUUCUCCAUGUGAAGAAGAGUUAUUCAAUGCUCAUAUAAGUAUGGACAAAAUCCGUUUCGUUCCCAUUUUUGAUGCUCGUUAUUUGAUAUGGAUUUUUGCUUUCAUUCAGGUUCCAUUUCUUUAUGUCGUGUUGAUGAAAACUAAUGAGAAUCCAGCUAAUGCUGAAAGAACGACAGAAGUGACAAAUGAUGAACAGCGGAGAGCUGAUUAUGAAGAAAUUGAGGGAAAUGCGGCUGAGAAUCAACCAGAAAAUCAUUGGGAAUCUGGUAUGAUGCGAUUGGUGAUGUUAGUUGCCUCAAUAUGCUGCAUUGGACAGAUUCUCUUCACACUUUUCCCAUUUUUUGUCUUUUCUCGAGAGGAUUCAUCGGAAAUCGAUUAUCAAAUCUUUACCACAUUCUACAUGUUUGGUCGAGUGAUUGCCGUGCUUUUCGCCGACAAAAUUGCGCCCAUUUUUCAUAUUGGAUUGAGUAUUUUAAUAUAUGGGCUGUCAUCAUGUGUUUUCAUCUUCGAACGUCCAAUCUGGUUGGGUACUUCCCUUGCCGCCAUUUCACUCGCACAAUUUUUACCCUCCGCUCUCACAUAUGUUAAGCAUACAUUGCUACUUCGAGCUGAAUCAGUCUCGGUUGUGAUCUCCGGCUCCUCUUUCGGCACCCUUGUCUAUCCAUUAUUUUUGAGUUUAGCCAAGGAAAACGAUUCUCGCCUCUUCGUCGCCAUCAGUUUUUUCUCGACUCUUCUCCUCGUUUUUCUUUUCGUCUCCAUGUUGAACUCGCAAGCGCAAUCCGAAAGAACAAAAGCAACACAAGACCGAGUACAGGCCUUCAUUUCUCGUUUCUUUUCUGGUGACACAACAACUUCUUCUCUUCGACGAGCUCCAUCAAUUAAACCGCUCAUUUCUCGACUUCGACCGAUGUCAUAUAGAAGAUUCCGAAACGCGAAUCGAUCCGCUUCUCCAGAGGUGCCGAAAAUAAAAGUAACGCUUGAGAAAGAGCCACAAGUUCAGUUCAAU